GGAGCUGGAGCGAAUGCUGAGCGGUGCAGGAGGACACGAGUGGUCUUCGUACGAUGAUGUCCCAGACGCUUCGCAAGAGGACGUCGCGCAAUAUCCACGUGUGCUGGCGACCUUUUUCCAGCAGGGGUAUCCAUACAUGAAUGGCGUGAGACGUCUGAUGGAGCUGCACAAGAAAAAGGCCUGGGAUAUGGCGACUUCCGAGUUCCAACGCCUAGUGCGAAUGGAUCCUGAGAAUGCAAAGUGCAACGGCUACUUGAACUCGGCGAUCUUAUAUCUCAGGAAGUUUCGUGAAAACGGCGGCUUCGAGAACCUCACCGACGUCUCUGCGAUAGACCCGUACAAGCUGCAGACGACAUUCACUCCGGACUUCGACAGAGAGACGGGAAAGGAGCAAGAGCAUUUCGACGACCUGCAGGUGGAUUUGCCUUUGGAGCUGGUUAUGGCCGAUGCAACGACGAACUGGCGUGAGGAGCUCCAGGAGAAGGUCGACGAAGACGGAUACCUUCUCGAGGACGUCGAUGCCCGCGGACAGCGGCCGGUGGCGCUGAGCGUUGCACUCCUGCCAGACGCAACGGAUGAGGAGUGGGCGAUGUGGCCACGGAUCCUGACGAAGUUUGAGCUGCAAUGCAAGCAGGACUCGGAAGAGGAAAAGCCAAUCAGGCGAGAGGAGGAAGCCAAUGCCAUGUUCCAGGCCAUGAAGGAGCUGGUCGAAGAACAUGGCAAGAGUCCCGACGCGAUGGCCGCAGAAAAGUAUCUCAAAAUCGUCAAGACCACGUACACCAACGUGUCGCACAAGGACCGGGCAACUGCUGUUGCUAAGUUUGCCGACUUCUGGGCAGCUCACAAAGACGGAGAGUUUCCGGAGCCAAAGGUGCAUGCCUUGGCCCUGAAGAAGUAUUCCCUCAUGGAUCGUCGGAUCGUGGAACAGGCGAAGCAGCUGGCUGCCGAGUGGCUCCUGCCGGCCGGGUGGGCUGUGAAGCUCGGGAAGGACGGCCGACUGAUCAAGGUUCUUGGCACCGGUGGCAAGACGGACUUUUACCACAGCAAGGAAGCGGCGCUGCAGGCGGUCGAGGCCCAGGCGAAGCGCCAGGCCGAGGAGGCAAAGGCCGCGCAUCAGCAGAUGAUGUCAGCCAAGGAGGCACACGUCGAGAGGAGCGAGGCGGGCAUGCGCAAGCAGUUAGCCAAGGCCGUGCGGGAGGAGAACUACGAGCUUGCAGAGCGUGUGCAUUCGCAGCUCACCGGCCGGGCAGGAGGCCGGUCGGGUCCCAGCCGAAAAGGCACCAUGCCCAUUGUCGCUCGCAGCGCGGAGGAAGUUGCGCGAAGAGGCCAGGGUGCAGGACGAGGUGCCAAAAAUGGUGUCAAGCGCAAGGCUGAGGGAGAGGAUGCGAACGACAGUGCUCUUAAGGUGCGUAAGGCCAUGGGUCUCAAGCAUCAGCAGAAGCAGGAGGUGGCCAGGAGCGAGCUCACACUCCGGGCCGGCGAGUGGCGUCUCCAAGGCGUGCGGCUGAAGAGUGGGUCAGUGCUUCCCAUCGUCUCAGAUCAGCUUGAGGCUUUGGCCUCAGAUGCCGUGGUCCUCGUGCUCGUGUACGUGGACGAGGAGGUUCGUGAGAGGAAGCGAAGGCGCAUCAUCGAAGAUUGGGGAUUGGACGAGACAUGGACAGUGACCGUCCGGUAUCGACUCUCCGGACACCAGGUCACUGCCAAACGUGCCGACGGCAAGGUUUUCCUCAGCAAGCACGAGGUCGCGGGUGCGAGGGACCGCGAGGUGCUCGAGAAGAUGUCAAAGCCAGCCGCGGCACGGGCAAAGGACCUGGAGGCGGUGCUUGCCAGCCACGCCAAGGGGCAGCUGCGUCUCUGGGAGUUGGAAGUCAAGGAGAUGCCGUCGCUCCAUGGCCUCUAUGUCGCUGAUGGCCAGUCUUUCUCGAAGGUGUCCUGCCUCGGCAUUUCGGAGCAGGUGAAGGUGAGCUACACCGGUGACAAGUGGCAGUUCAGUGACGCGGCUGGAAAUGUCAUUGCCUGCACUCUCCCAUCUGAUUCUGGCACGACGAGUCCAUUCGAGUGCCGGCAGCUGCUUGCCGGAAGUGCAGCAGUGGAGACGAUGGGAAGCCUGGUGGUCAAGGAAGCUAUCGCCAGCCGCCUGUCCAGCCACUUGGGCCAGUCCUUUGGGCCUUGCUGCCGAUUCUGUGAAGCUGGAAAGCCUCGGACGAGGGCCUCGACGACUGCAAAAGACAAGCAAGAACUCUACGAGUCCAGGCUCCUGGAGCUGCAGCAGCGACGUGCCAAAGCUCCCCGCACUUUGGUCGAUAUGGUGUCCUGCAUGCUUGACAAGCUGCAGAUGUUCCAGAGUGCAUCUGCGCUUCCGGAAGUCCUUCGGCGGAGGAAGGUGCUUCGGGUUGGAACCAUGUGCUCUGGCACAGAUGCUCCUGUGCUGGUGGCAAGGGCCUUGGAGCGCGCCCUCCGGCCACAUGGGUCCGAACUGAGCUUCCAGCAUGCUUUCUCUGUUGAGUACGAUGUGAAGAAGCAGGAGUUCUUGAAAGCCAACUUUCCGGAGUGCCCGCUGCUCUUCAAAGACUGCGUGCAAAUGGGCCGGAAGCGAGCUUGGGAGGUCCUCUCCGAAAAGCCGCAGCCAGUUCCGGACGACGUGGACAUCCUGGUUGCCGGCUUCAGCUGCAAGGACCUGUCAUUGAUGAACUCCUACCGGAAAGCGUUGCAGGAAAUGGGCCAGUCUGGAGCAACUCUGCGCGGCGUUCUGGAUUAUGCGGAGAGGCACCGACCUCGACUCAUUCUCCUGGAGAAUGUGUGGGCCAUUUUAAAGGGCAACAGCGUCGGCUUCAAGCAGGUGGACUUGGUCAUGGAGGGUCUGAAGGCGCGUGGCUACGCUGCUGGGUACCGCCUCCUGAACAGCUGCGACUAUUUUGUUCCACAAAUCCGACACAGGAUUUGGAUGUGGGCAAUCCGGUUGUCGGACAAGGCGCCGCGGACGCAGGAGGAAGCCGAGACCCUUCGGCAGCGUGCCGAAGCGCUCAGCCAGACGGUGGAGCCGAAAUUCAAUGAUAUUCUGGUCGCCUUGGAAGAGCCCUGCGCACUUCACUUCGAGGACUAUAUGCUCGACGACGAUCAUCCAGCGGUCCGUGCGCACUUCCAGUUCGUGAAGUCGCAGAACCGAGCAGCACAGGUCGUGAAGAAAAAGGCUGGGGCAAAGCAAGACUGGACGCAGAAGUACGACACCCACCGAACUGGGCAUGACUACCAGUAUGACCGACCAUACACUGCUGUUCGUGAUGCAGAUUUCCUCCAGGUCUUGAACGAUCGCGAGAAGGAGCUCUUGAAUUUGAAAUGUCUGGAUGUCAUGAACGAACAGGGUAAGGACCCGCGUGCAUUCCCUAUGCUCUGGGAACUCUCCCAAAGUGUGGAGCGAGUGCCAGGAGCACGGAUCCGAAGGGACCGACAGAACUACGCGACCUGCAUCCUCCCAGGGAUUCUUUGGCACUCGAGUCGGAAGCGCUGGGUGCUUGGCAUCGAGAAGCUCGCACUGCAGGGCAUUUUCGCAGAGGACCUCAAGGACACGGACUUCCCGCAGAAGUUGCUCGGCGAUCUCGCGGGCAAUGCCUUCACCACGUCCGUUUGUGCAGCCAACCUGAUCGCUCUCCUGACCUGUUCAAGGGUGAAUGCUGUGCCGGGAUUACUGCUGGUGGAGAAGCUCGCCUAUAUACUGCGGCUUGCGGCGCUGCUACGGCCAUUGCUGCUUUUCAUCUUCACAGGGGAAAGGCCGGGCUCCAAGGAAAGGCUGGGCUCCAAGGAGCCCCGCGCGCGGCGCCUGGGAGCCAGCGAGGUUCAGAGGUUACCGCGGGACCGCAGCGGGAAGCUGAUCACGCCACCGACGACCAGCCCUUCCUCGCACCUUUUCUUUCGCUGGGGGGAGGCUCAGAAGGACCUCGCCGAGCAGAACGAGAGGACUUUGGAGCAAAUUGGAAGCCAGGGGGAGCUUCAAGACGAGGAGCCCCCUGAGCUGCUUUGCGAGAUCCCUGUGGCGCAGAACCACGUGCUUCGGAUGCUGCGGCAGCCUCCUUUGGGCUCCUCCUUCUCGGACUGGGGUCCCAGUGUGGCCGUGUGUGAUCAGGUCAUCGAGAAUCAUCGGAGUUGGUUGCGGGCGGGUUGCCGGGUUUUGGAGCUGGGCUGCGGCAUCGGUCUGCCGAGCCUCGUCUGUGCGGCCUUGGGCGCACGUGUGGUGGCCACAGACCUCCCAUCAAACAUCGAGGACAUGGAGCAGAACAGUGCUGCGAAUGGCUGGCCCCAAGCCGUCUGGCGGGUCGUGGGCGGUGGCUCAGAAGGCAUCCCAGUGACCAAGGAGCGCGGCGGGAAGAUCGAGAAGGAGCGCUUGUCUCAGGAUGCCUUGGUGGAGGAGCUGGAGCUCCGAAAAGAGUUGAACUUGAUGCGCUACCGUCGACUGACAGGGGUUGGUCCCAAGGAGGGCUGGGUCCAACUCGUGCGACCGUAUGGCAAUCGACCUCUCCUUGUUAAGACGGAGCUACGGCCACCAGCACAGCGCUCCCACGCGGGUGCUUUCGGCCGCGGCACAAUCAUCGUCGUUCCUUUGCGAUGGGAAGCUCAGGAGGCUCUAAACCUGAUGAGGCGGCUGGAUGACUUGGAGUCUGCCGCAUUGGAGCUAUCAGGUAACGAACGGGCUUUGAAACCCGUGAAGGCUAGGCGAGAAGAAAAGUUGAUUCCAAACCAAGUCAUUCGGCCAGACGGCUUCCCGAGCCUUGCAGACAUCGUGCUAUGCUCUGACUGUGUGUGCGAGCCUGCUUACGGCGAAAGCUGGGAAGAGCUUGUCGAGACGAUCGAGAGCGUGAUGUCUCCCGAUGGUAUUGCGAUCAUCUCACUGAGGCGCCGUAGCUACGACGGGAUCGAGCGCUUCGUGCAGCGCCUGGCGCGCAACCUGCGCUACGAGCGCUACCGGCACCGGAAGUCUGAGGAUGCCGGGAUUGACCUGAUCUGCGCCACCUGGCCCGGGAAGCGGGAGCAGUUUGAGGACUCCGUGGACUCACCCAGGAAUCCGCGCGAGACGGAGUUUGCAGCCAUGUGCAUGUCGACCAUGGGGCUGGAGAGCCCCGAUAGCUAG